AUGGCUGAGCUCUUGCAGGCCGAGGCAGAGCUUUGGUGCCAUGCCUUCGGCUACCUCAAAUCCAUGGCGCUGCAGUGCGCGAUCAAGCUCGGGAUCCCCAACGCCAUCCACCACUGCGGUGGCACUGCGUCUCUGCCCGAGCUGCACGCCGCUCUCCCCGUCGCCGCGAGCAAACGGCCAUGCGUGUCCCGCAUCAUGACGUUCUUGGCCGUGUCCGGGAUAUUCCGACAGGAGAUCCCGGUAGACGGAGAGGCCGUCGUAGGCGUGCGCUACAGCCUCACACCGGCAUCUCGCCUCCUCGUCGACGACGACAAUAGCGUCAGCAGCAGUCAACAUCCAUGCCUUUCACAGUUCAUGCUCCUGUGCUGCUCGCCGCUCCACUUCAGGGCGUCUCAGAGCCUGGCUGACUGGCUCAGGGACGACGAGGGAGACGCCGCAGCAGCAGAGACACCGUUCAUGAUGGCGAACGGAGCGAGCCUCUACGGUCUGGCCUGCCGCGACACGGAGUUCGGCGCGCGUUUCAGCGAAGGGAUGGGCUCCGACAGCCGCUUCGUGGCGGAGAUCCUCGCCCGCAGCGGCUGCGCCCCGGUGUUCGCGGGACUGACGUCCCUGGUGGACGUCGGAGGAGGUGACGGGACGACGGCGAGGGCCAUCGCCAGGGCCUACCCGCACAUGAGGUGCUCCGUGCUGGAGUUGCCCCAGGUGGUGGACGCCGUGCCGGCUGAUGUUGGUGCUGUUGAGUUCAUCGCCGGCGACAUGAUGGAGUACAUCCCUCCAGCUGAUGCUGUGUUACUCAAGGUAUGA